AGGUCAAGCAAGAGAUCGAGGCGAUGCGGUGGUCGGAGGAGCAGAAGACCAUCGCGCUGCGCGGGGAGGAGCAGCGCAGGAGCGAGGACCACAGCACCCAGCUGCACCAGGCACGCGUAGCCCACGAGACGGAACAGAAGAAGCUGGCCGACCUGGACCUGAUGAAGGAGCAGGAGGCCUCCAACCUGCGGCAGGAGGAGGUCAGGCGGCAGGGCGAGAAGGAGCUCCUGCUGCUGCGGCUCCAGUCCGACGAGCGGCGGGCGGAGAUGGGCGUCCGGGAGGCAGUUGAGAGAGCCAAGAUCGAGGAGGAGGCCAAGAUCAAAGCUGCACGCGAUAACGAGGAUGUCAACCUCCGGGCGAUGAAGGCGGAGAUGGCAGAGAAACGCGAGCAGACGCUUGCUGCCAUCAGGGAGACCGCGGACAUCGUCCUCUCCUGGGUGACUUUCGUGUUCCGCUCCCCGGCCAACCUGGCACUGGGCAUCGGCUCCAUAGUGGUGGCCGUCGGCGGCGUCUACCUGAUGAGGGAGAUGGCGGUCCUGCUGAGGGAGCAGCUGAACAAACGCUUGGGGCGGCCGUCCCUGGUGCGGACGACCAACCGCCGCGGGGUGGUUCAGGAGGCCUGGAUUGGGCUGCUUCGUCUGCUGCGGCUGCGCGGAAGGCAUGGCUCCGAGUUUGACGACGUGGUGCUGCACCCCAGGCUUCACCAGCAGGUGAUGCGCCUUGCGGACGCCACGCGAUCGGCCAAAGCGCGGCGGAUGCCGCUGCAGCACGCGAUGUUCUACGGGCCUCCUGGGGCUACAGCAAGGACGCGCUGGUGCUGCACGCGCUGCACGUCCAGAGCCUGCUGCGGACCGAGCGCGCCACGGGCCAGACCGCGGCUGCCCGCCGCGCCCUGGUCCCACUGCAGCCGCAGGAGGACGGGGAAAACCAUGGUGGCCCAACGCUUCGCCGAGUACUCCGGCUUGGAGUACGCCAUUAUGGCGGGGGGCGAUGUGGCGCCGCUGCAGGAGCAGGCCGUGACCGAGCUGCACAAGCUCUUCAAGUGGGUGCACCGCAGUCGCCGCGGCGUCCUGCUCUUCAUCGACGAGGCAGACGCGUUCCUGGCCUCGCGGAAUGGGACCGAGAUGAGCGAGGCGCUGCGGAACGCGCUGACGACCAUCCUGUACCACACUGGCACGCCCUCAUCGCAGUUCAUGCUGGUCGGCUUUGCAGUUGGCUGGCGAGUUUGUGACAUGCGCGGCGGCGUGCCAGAAUGCAUUGGCCCCUCUUGGUACGUUAUAGCGAUUGUCAGGAUGAGGCGCGGGCCUCGCCGCGUGUCGAGCAACUGCCAGUUCGCCGAGCGCGCGCUGAUCUGUUUCCCCAAGAGUCGUCACGCAGGCAAUGGCAUCGCUGACCGCCAUGCUAAGCUUCGACCGCUGGCUCGCGAGAAGCCGAGCCCUGAGUCGACCGCCUGGCUCAACCGAGCCCUCUCCAUCGCUCGCAAGAUGUGCGUUUUGGCUGCCGGGCCGCUCCCGAUUGGCCGCAGCGCGGCCUCCCGCGGGCGGCCGCGGCGCGUCAGGGGCCAGCUGCCCCCGCGCAGGAAAGAGGCCUUCGUCAACCAUUUCCAAUCAGCAGCUCAGCAGGCGCUCGGCUCACUCCGCGACCAGGCGAAGGAGGCAGCCCAGAAGCAGCGAGAGUUCCGCGCCCGUCUGGCUGCAAAGAAGUGGCGGCCUGCAGACGAGGCCCUCCUGCAGGUUCGAGACAGCCUCAUCCGAGGAUCUGGCAGCGAGACAAUCUCGGCGAUGACAGCCAACACCUCGGACUGGAGCAGUUGUCAGAAGUACCUUGAGAAGGAGGCCCCCGGGGCCACAGUUGUCCUGUUGCAGAAAGUCCAGACUCACCCUGUCGCCAAGGAUGAACUUGUGAGAUUGAGCGGGAACCCCGAGGCCUGUGCUCAGGGGGCCUUGAAUGCAGUCUGCGGCGGCUUCUCUCAUCUCACGGGCACCGAACUCAUCGCGGCGCGCGGCCUCGGAGAUAUCCUGCGCAUGUGUGCCGAGGAGCUCGACGCAUGCGCCAGCGAGGCCGCGCGCUUCGCCGCGCUGCUCGAGUGGGCGCGCCCCAGACUGAACGGUGCGACGGUCGCGGCGAGCGCCAACUCCGCGACGGGGCUUCGCCCGCUGAUGGCUCUGACACAUGCCGGGCUGUCUCGGUUGCGCCAGGAAGGCAUUGGCCCCGGUGAAGCAGCCAGCUUACCCGCCCUCGCGGCGGUGGACAUCCGUGCGACGGCCAGGACGUUCAAGGAGCGCACUGCUGUUGGUGCUGACAUGAUCAGUCCUCGAUAUUUGAUUUGGUUGCCAGGAGCCAACCCUGCAGGACUCUACGGGGCGUCGGUCAUGGACGUCUCCGACCGUGCUUUGCGCAGCCUGCGGCAAGAGUUCGGGUUCGAUAGGUUGACCAGAGCGGCGGCGUGGCCGGUCGUGGCGGCGUCGCUUGCCGCGGCGGCGUCGCCUGCCGCGGCGGCUUCGGAGGCGAGCUCGGCGGCGGCGACGGCGGAGCCGGCGGCGGAGCUGGCUGCGGCGGGAGAGGGCCCCGCGGGCUCGGCGUCGGGCGUCGCGGGGGGCGGCCCCAUGGCGCCGGGCAUCGCCGCGCUCUUGCGCGCGCUCGAGCAUCGCAUUGCGACGCUCGAGCAGCGCGUGGCGGAGCUUGAGGGGGCCUGA